AGGGGGUGGGAGAAAAAAGGGGGUGGGGGAGUGAUGGGUAAGAGAAGGAUAAGAGGGUGGAGAGAGGAGUUUUCUUCAUACAACUCUGACUCCUCAUUCACCGUACAGUACUUGUUGUCCUGGGAACUGCAGUUGAAAAGGACCCUAUGCAGACAGUUUAAUCUGGAAAGAGACUGGAGAAUGGGUACAGGAAAAACACGGUCCUGCUGCCUGUGACUUGGGAGAGACAGAGCUGGUGUUCCAAUGGCUGUCCUGUUGAUCUCUGUGACUCUGCUGCAUCUCAUCACCCUGACCAUGCUCUUCAUAGCCACCAUGGAGAAGGCUUGGUGGGUCUUGACAGAUGUAGAGAACUCUGAUCUGUGGUACAACUGCGAGUUUGAUAAUACUACUGGAUCUUGGGUGUGUUUCUCUACUGGAGACAAUGACUGGCUGCAGGCUGUCCAGGCCCUGAUGGUUCUCUCCGUCAUCUUCUGCUUCAUUUCCUUCCUCGUCUUCCUAGGGCAGCUCUUCACACUCAACAAAGGGGACCUGUUCUACUUCACUGGCCUGUGCCAGGUGCUCGCAGGUCUCACGGAUUUCUCAGCGGCCCUCAUCUACACCGUCCACCACGAGGAGAUCCUGCGGGACAGCAGGAAACGUCCGGACGGCGGCCAUUUCGGAUACUGUUUUGUACUGGCCUGGCUGUGCGUGCCGCUGCUGCUCUGUGGAGGAGUGAUGUACUUCCAUCUGCGGAAGAAAGAGUGAGCCCAGGCGCCCACCAGAGAGAAGACAAGUGCCACUGUGUAAAUGUCUAAUGUGAGACCCAUGUAUAUUGACAGAGCCCUGUUUUGUAUUAUACCCAUAAGCAUUUUGUAUACUUUUAUUUUUUCCCAAAUUUACUACAGGUUAUUUUCUACACAAGAAUAUAAACUAGUGAUAUGCAUUUACUCUGUUAUAGCAUAGUUCAUGUUUUUUCCAGGUCUGAGCAUGUAAAGCAGAUAUACUCUUUAGAACCAGCCCUAGGCUGAAAGAUUUCAUGUGAGCUUAGAUCAUGAUCCCCGUCUACUGCUUCUAUUUUCUAUUAACAGAUUUUGAGCCAAAGAUGUUCAUAAAUGAGCAUGUAAAACCCCAAACAAGAGGCACUUCUUUAAGCCUUCUUUAAGUGUUGUGUGAAUUUGGAACAAGCCACCAAGUGGGGAAGAAGCCUUCACAACAAAGAGCUUCAAUCUCUGUACAGUAUGUGCAAUCUCUGUGCAAUGUCUGGUUCAGGUUGGAUAAAAAAACACUGUGGUUCAGUAAGAGUUUCCACAUUCCACAUUUCCACAGUUUUAAAAUGUACAAAGUCACAAUAUAGAAAAAAAUUACAGUAGUUAAUUGUUGUGAUACAUAUGGUAGUACAGUACUGUGAUACACUACCAGCAAUGACAGCUUAGUUGAGUUCAUUCCUUUUGCUGGGGUACUGCAGUCACAAAACUAGGCUGAAAGAUCUCACUGACCUCAGACAAAGGCUGAUUGGACUGCGGCCUGCAAGGUUUUGAAAGAAAUAAAUUGCCAACACUUGCUUGUCUUUUCUUACAAAAUCUUUACUGAGCCAUAUUGCUGCAUCUACAACAACAGAUGGGGGUAACAGGGUUUUGCCCACAGGUUUUGCUACAAGGAAUAACUCACCUGCCUGCACCUCUGCUGUGGCUGGAAGGUCUGGAAUGCAGGGGCUGAAGGCUGAGAGCUGAGCUGAGAUUAGGUGUUUGAAAUCCUCAGGGAGUAAAGGAAGGUUACAGAAAAGAGUGGCUUUGAUCUCUGUAGAGGACAGUAUUCGCCUGAGGAAAGUUGUAAAAAGGCUCAAAAGCAACUUAAAAUCCUUUUUUUUGUUCACUUUUCACCUCAUAUCAUAUUAUCUAAAGCAGAGGGCUAUAGUAUCUUCUAUGUUUUAGUCCAGCUGAGCUUGCAUUUACCUAGUUCUGUCAUUAAUUCAGUUAGAUUUCUAUUCUUUGGAUCCUUGGAGCUAUUUUAAGCUAUUGACUAAACAAUGUGAGAAAUAACUUGAAAUCACCAGCUUCAUAGGCGCUCAUAAUGACAAAGAUUCUGUUCAAUCAAAAGCUCAAUUUAGCAAUUAGAAGCACAGCUGGUUCCUGGGACCAGGACUGGACAGCCGUCCUGGAGACACAGGGCUGGAUAUACAGUAGAAAGACAUUUUCACCCAUGUCAGAAUUGUAGCACUGUUCUGAAUAAGGAAAAACAAACUCAUCACGCAGCUUCAGAAAGUAAUCUUUACACAGCAUUUAGCAAUGCCAGAAUUAACAUCCUGCUGUAUAUCCUAGCAUCCAUUACAGCACAUUACAGCUCCAUGUCUAGUGUUCAUAUUAUGUGUACAAAUAUAUUAUACACAUGCUCUCCUAUAAAAAAUCAUGCUCUCUUGAAUGUUUACUGUUUUGAAGGACGAUUUUGUAAAUAAAUAAAGCUAUUUCUA